UAUUUCAAGUCUGGCCACUCUAUCUUGCAGACUAAAACUGAAAGGUUACACGGCUAUGGGCUGCUAAAUUACAUGUCAGCCAUGGGGCAGACACAGCAAACGGAGAACAGUGAGGAGAUCGACGUCAAAGCGCUUCAGGAUAUGUACAAAAAGUUUGUCAUGGAGUGCCCGAGUGGAUUACUUUUUCUGCACGAGUUCAAGCGUUUCUUUGGAGUGGACCCGACAGGAGAAGCUUCUGAUUAUGCGGAGAACAUGUUUCGAGCUUUUGACAAAAAUGGGGACAAUACCAUCGAUUUCCUUGAGUUUGUGGCAGCACUGAAUCUCGUGUUCCGGGGAGACCUGGAACAUAAACUGCGCUGGUCAUUCAAGGUGUAUGACAAAGAUGGUAACGGCUUUGUGGACAGGGAUGAACUACGGUCGAUUAUUGAUAGCAUCUACCGGAUUAAAAAAGGCUCAAAGGCCGACAUGAGUGAGUCGCAGCUCUCAGUGGACGAGGCCGUGGAUCGAUUAUUAGAGGCUGUCGAUAGCGACGGAGACGGUAAUAUCACUAUGGAGGAGUUCAUCAGAGGCGCACAGCAGGACCCGUGGGUGCUCAACAUGUUGAAGCUGGACAUGAACCCUGCUGGAUGGGUGCUGGAGCACAGGAGAAGGAGUGCACACUUCUGAAGAAUUAACAAAUCACCUCUGCCUUUCACAUACAGACAAUGAAUAAAGUCAACACGUUUAACUGCAACGGUUACAUCUUAACAUCAACGUUUUCUCAGUACAUGCAGCUUCAUGGAUUAUUUUGUUAAGCAGCUAGCACUUGAAAAUUAAUUCAAACAGGUAUUUUAUUGUACACGCUAUUCUCUGGGUUUAUCUAACUCAAAGGAUCCUUAUGUAUAUACAGAAUUAUUGUAAUGCUUUUAUAUUGUCUGUAUUUAAGUUUUAAUUGUAUUUGCUUUUUUUUUUUUUUUUUUACCCUGUAAAUAACAUUACAUUACUUGUAACAUGGAUCAUCUUGAUGUAGGAUUUUAUAAUCCUACGCAUACUGAAAGCACUGUCAGCAAAUAUUAAUAAUUUCCUUUGCUGUUGUUAAAGGUUGUUAUCUGUUAAAGGUAAUACCUAUGAAGUGAUAUUCAAUAAAGACAAAUGCUAUGCUAA